AUGCUCUCCGCCGCCGCCGUUGCCCUCCGGGCAGGCGCCCGUCGUACCGUUCGACGGCUGCCGGGCAAGACCCGUGCCAUUCCCGUUGCUGCGUCCCUCCGUCGCCAGAGGCCAUUCUCGACGUCUGCGACCCGGAAGACAGAUCUGACCACAAGGGGCAUGAUAGUGCAGACUUUGUCGUCUGUGGGAUCUAAGAGAGAGGUGCAGCAGUACUUGUCUCUGUUCACAUCCGUCUCUUCCCAGCGAUUCGCCGUCAUCAAGGUUGGCGGUGCUAUCUUGACCGACUACCUCGACGAACUGUGCUCUAGCUUGGCUUUCCUUUAUACCGUCGGCCUUUACCCCGUCAUUGUCCAUGGCGCUGGUCCUCAGCUCAACAGUUUGCUCGAGCAGGCUGGUGUCGAGCCCCAAUUCGAGGAGGGAAUCCGUGUCACAGACGUCAAGACGCUCAGAGUGGCUCGCGACCUGUUCAUGAGGGAGAAUUUGAAACUCGUCAACAAGCUGGAGGAGAAGGGUGUGCAUGCUCAGCCUCUGACCAUUGGCAUGUUCAGAGCCGAGUACUUGAACAAGGAGAAGUGGGGUCUGGUAGGAAAGGUUACUGGUGUCAACAAGCAGGCGAUCGAGACGGCCAUCAGCAACGGCUACCUGCCCAUUCUUACCUCCAUGGCUGAGACCGACGACGGCCAGAUCCUCAACGUUAACGCCGAUGUUGCCGCUGCUGAGCUUGCUCGCGCUCUCGAGCCUCUGAAGGUGGUCUACCUCUCCGAGAAGGGUGGUCUGUUUGACGCUGCUGGCCAGAAGAUCUCCGCUAUCAACCUCGAUGAGGAAUUCGACCACCUCAUGUCUCAGGAGUGGGUCAAAUACGGCACUCGCCUCAAGAUCAAGGAGAUCAAGGAGCUCCUGGACACCCUUCCACGCGCGACCAGUGUGGCCAUCAUCCACCCAGGUGACCUUCAGAAGGAGCUGUUCACUGAUUCCGGCGCUGGCACCUUGAUCCGCCGCGGCAGCAAACUCCUCUCGGCUACCAGCCUGUCCGAGUUCAAGGAUCUCGAUGCGCUCAAGUCGGUUCUGGUCAGGGAUCGUGAGGGUCCCGACGCGAAGGAGACUGUUGACAAGUACCUUGAGUACCUGAACGAGAACGAUUUCAAGGCCUACUAUGACGGCGACAUGAACGCUCUUGCCAUUGUCCUUCCUGCCAAGGAUGGUCGUCAAGCCACUCUUGCUACGCUGACCAUAACCAAGUCUGGCUGGUUGACGAACGUUGCUGACAACAUCUUCACUGUUCUCAAGAAGGAGCACCCUUCGCUUGUAUGGACCGUGAAGGAGGACGAUGAGAACCUUGGCUGGUUUUUUGACAAGGCCGACGGGAGCAUCACUCGCGAUGGCGACGUGAUGUUCUGGUAUGGCAUUGACAACGGUGACGAGAUCAUGCGCUUGAUGAAGGAUUUCACCCUGAAUGGUCGUGCUAUGCUCGGCGAUUCUAACCUCGAGUCGCGCCUGCACCGUGCUGCCAAGACCGGCUCCAAGCCGUUCGCUCAGCAAACCCGGAGCUACUCCACCCUGGCUCGCCGUCCCGUCGUCUCCGCCCCUGCCUUCGGUCUCAACACUGGGAGAGGAUAUGUUACCCAGACCAACCCCAACCCUCCCAUUGGCAAGAAGAAUGCCUCCAAGGAGGGCCCUGCGAGGGUAGCCCUCAUUGGUGCUCGUGGUUACACAGGCCAGGAGCUCGUCCGCCUCCUCGACUCUCAUCCCAACAUGGAUCUCCGCCAUGUCUCGUCCCGUGAGCUUGCGGGCCAGAAGCUGGAGGGCUAUAACAAGAGCGAAGUCAUCUACGAGAGCUUGAGCCCCGACGAUGUUCGUGACAUGGAGAAGCGUGGCGACAUCGACUGCUGGGUCAUGGCUCUCCCCAACGGUGUUUGCAAGCCUUUUGUCGAGGCUGUCUACGAGGGCCGCAAGGGCUCCAACCACAAGAGCGUUAUCGUCGAUCUUUCUGCCGACUACCGCUUCGACAAUUCGUGGACCUAUGGUCUUCCCGAGCUCGUCCAGAGAAACAACAUCGCGGAUGCCACUCAGAUUGCCAACCCCGGUUGCUAUGCUACCGCUGCCCAGCUCGGCAUUGCCCCCCUCGUUGAGCACCUUGGCGGUAUGCCUCACAUCUUUGGUGUUUCCGGUUACUCCGGCGCCGGUACCAAGCCUUCUCCCAAGAACGAUGUCGACAACCUCACCAACAACCUCAUCCCUUACAGCUUGACUGGCCACAUUCACGAGCGUGAGGUCAGCAGCCAGCUCGGCGCUCAGGUUGCCUUCAUUCCCCACGUCGCCGUUUGGUUCCGUGGUAUCCACCACACCAUCUCUAUCCCCCUCAAGCAGAGCAUGACCUCGCGUGACAUUCGUCAGAUCUACCAGGACAGAUACGCUGGCGAGAAGCUCGUCAAGGUUGUUGGCGAGGCCCCUCUUGUCAAGAACAUCAGCGGCAAGCACGGUGUUGAGAUUGGUGGUUUCGAGGUUGACAAGACCGGGAAGCGUGUCGUUGUUUGCGCUACUAUUGACAACCUUCUCAAGGGUGCCGCUACUCAGUGCUUGCAAAACAUGAACCUUGCUCUUGGCUAUGCUGAAUAUGAGGGCAUCCCCAUCAUGUAA